AUGGCGGCCCCUUCAAUGCUCACAAAGGCAAGCCUUGGCCUUCUGUCUUCUGUUUCAAUGUCUCUGACCUUCGAACUAUGGGAUUAUCGCAUGGGAACCUUGAUUGACCGCUUCGAAGAGCAUGAUGGACCGGUCCGUGGCAUCGACUUUCACAAGACACAGCCGCUCUUUGUGUCAGGAGGAGACGACUACAAGAUCAAAGUUUGGUCCUACCAGACGAGGAGGUGUCUGUUCACCCUCAAUGGUCAUCUGGACUAUGUGCGAACAGUCUUUUUCCACCAUGAGCUGCCCUGGAUUCUGUCUGCCUCUGACGACCAGACAAUUAGGAUCUGGAACUGGCAGAACCGGUCUUUGAUCUGCACAAUGACGGGUCACAAUCACUAUGCCAUGUGCGCCCAGUUCCAUCCUAAGGAAGACCUCAUCGUUUCCGCCUCUCUUGAUCAAUCCGUCCGAGUGUGGGAUAUCUCAGGACUACGGAAAAAGCACUCGGCGCCAACAUCGAUGAGCUUCGAGGAUCAGAUGGCCCGAGCAAACCAACAACAGGCGGAUAUGUUUGGCAAUACUGAUGCCGUCGUCAAAUUUGUUCUCGAAGGGCACGAUCGAGGUGUCAAUUGGGUGGCUUUCCACCCGACCCUACCUUUGAUCGUCUCCGCAGGCGAUGACCGGCUCGUCAAGCUGUGGAGAAUGAGCGAGACCAAGGCGUGGGAGGUUGACACAUGCCGAGGGCACUUCCAGAAUGUCUCUGCAUGCUUGUUCCAUCCGCAUCAAGAUCUCAUUUUGUCCGUGGGUGAGGAUAAAACUAUUCGUGUCUGGGACUUGAACAAGAGAACUUCCGUCCAAUCCUUCAAGCGGGAGAAUGAUCGUUUUUGGGUUAUUGCCGCCCAUCCUGAAAUCAAUCUCUUUGCUGCCGGCCAUGACAACGGUGUCAUGGUCUUCAAACUCGAACGAGAGCGACCUGCAUCCUCAGUGUACCAGAAUCAGCUAUUCUAUAUCACAAAGGAUAAGCAUGUCCGAUCUUACGACUUCACCAAAAAUGUCGAGUCUCCGUCACUUCUGUCGCUUAGGAAGUUUGGCAGCAAUUGGGUGCCUCCUCGCACACUUUCUUACAAUCCAGCAGAGCGGUCAAUCCUGGUCACCUCACCCACUGAUAAUGGCACUUUCGAGUUGAUUGCACUUCCGCGAGAUGCCACAGGAGCUACGGAUCCAACAGACAUCAAGCGUGGAGCAGGCAACGCAGCAGUCUUUGUGGCCCGCAACCGCUUUGCCGUUUUCAGCACUUCCACUCAGUUGGUCGAAAUCAAAGAUCUCAGCAAUUCGACAACCAAAUCCUUCAAAGCACCUGCCGGCACGACCGAUAUCUCAUAUGGUGGCACUAGCUGUCUCCUUCUCAUUUCUCCCACGAACGUUGUCCUCUACGAUUUUCAACAGAAGAAGCAGCUGGCAGAACUGAGCGUUACCGGCGUCAAAUAUGUUGCGUGGUCAAAUGAUGGUCUAUAUGCUGCCCUGCUUAGCAAGCACAAUGUCACCAUUGUAAACAAAACCCUGGAACAAGUCAGCACCCUGCACGAGACGAUCAGAAUCAAGAGCGCCGCCUGGGACGACUCUGGCGUCCUGCUCUACUCGACACUCAACCAUAUCAAGUACACUCUGCUCAAUGGUGACAACGGCAUCGUUAGGACACUUGACCAGACGGUUUAUCUUGUCAAAGUGAAAGGUCGAAAUGUCUACUGCCUUGACAGAUCCUCCAAGCCCCGAGUCCUCACGAUUGACCCGACGGAAUACCGAUUUAAAUUGGCGCUUGUGAAGCGUAACUAUGAUGAAAUGCUCCAGAUCAUCAAGACUUCACCUCUGGUUGGGCAGAGCAUCAUCUCUUACCUACAAAAGAAGGGCUAUCCCGAGAUUGCUUUACAGUUUGUGCAAGAUCCCCAGACGAGAUUCGAACUCGCCAUCGAAUGCGGCAACCUGGAAGUUGCGACAGAAAUGGCCAAAGAGUUGGACAGGCCCAAGAUUUGGACACGCUUAGGCGCCGAGGCUUUAGUACACGGCAAUCAUCAAACUGUGGAAAUGACCUAUCAAAAACUUCGAAACUUCGACAAACUCUCAUUCUUGUACCUUUGCACGGGUGACGAGGAGAAACUGACGAGAAUGGCCAAAAUUGCAGAGCAUCGAGGGGAUUUUGUCUCUAGAUUCCAGAACGCGCUAUACCUCGGCGAUGUGGAGAGCCGGAUACAAAUGUUCAAGGAGAUCGAUCAAUAUCCCUUGGCUUAUCUUACAGCAAAGUCUCAUGGGCUGACCGAAGAAUGUCAGUCAAUACUCGAGAUUUGCGGGUUGACGGAGGAUCAAAUCUCGAUGCCUGAGUCUGGAGAAGGGCUCGCUCUUCCCAAGGUCAUUGUUCCUACCUAUAGAGCAAACUGGCCUGUUAAGGAAGCGUCACAUUCCUCUUUCGAAAGAGCACUCCUCGGCGAGGUUGGAGUGGCAGUUGAAGACGAAACUAGCCCUGAUCUCCUCACAGAAGAAGUGCCCGUCGCUGCAGACGGUGACGGACUCGCGGCAGACGAGGAGGUGGAUGCUGGCGAAGGCUGGGACAUGGGUGACGACAUCGGGCUUGAGGCCGCAGGGAAUGAUUCCGAUUUCGUCAAUGUCGACAACCCGGAUGCACCUGCGGAGGCUGCUGGACCGGGCAGCUCAGAAGCAGAUAUGUGGUCCAGAAACUCUCCUCUGGCAGCAGACCACGUUGCAGCAGGCGCUUUCGACAGUGCCAUGCAGCUGCUGAACCGCCAAGUUGGCGCAGUGCAUUUUGAGCCGCUCAAGUCAAGGUUCCUGGAAAUUUACCAGGCGUCUAAAACAUUCUUGCCCGCCAAUGCUGGCUUGCCUCCUCUUGUGAACUACGUUCGGCGCACCACUGAAGAGACGGACAACAGAAAGCUCCUUCCUGUCAUCCCCAGAAACCUAGAGACUCUGACGAACGUUGACCUUCAGGAAGGAUACACGGCCAUGAGGACAAACAGACUGGAGCAUGGUGUUCUCACGUUCCGGAAGCUGCUGCAAUCGCUUCUCGUCAAUGUUGUUAGUUCGCAGGCACAAGUCGAUGAAGCCAAAGCGCUCGUUACGAAAGCGAUGGAAUACACGCUGGCAAUGAGCAUCGAGCUUGAAAGACGUCGGCUUGCAGCUGCAGGCGGUGAUGAAGAAGCGCAGCUUCAGCGACAGCUCGAGCUUUCUGCAUACUUCACCAUGCCGAAACUUGAGGUCGCUCAUCGACAACUGGCACUUAUGGCAGCUAUGAAGUUGGCCUUCUCGAAUAGACAGUACUCAAGUGCAUUGUCUUUUGCAAAUCGAAUCCUUGCCAACGGUGGUGCGGUCAAAUUGGUUGACCAGGCGAAGAAGAUCAAACAACAGGCUGAACGUCUUGGGUCAAGCGACAGGAUCCAAAUUGAGUACGACCAAUUCGCAGAUUUUGACGUAUGCGCAGCGUCUUUUAGCCCAAUCUACACUGGAGCACAGAGCGUGUCAUGUUCGUUCGACGGGUCCAAGUAUCAGACCCAGUUCAAGGGACAAGUGUGCAAGAUUUGCGACGUCUGCGAGAUCGGUGCCGCAGCCAGUGGUCUACGGCUAUGGGUAAAGGGACUGUGA